UGAACUCACGCGAAUCCCAAAUCCCCACAGACUCCCGACCGGAGUAACGAGGAAAGUGGUUCCAUGAAAGAGUCUUAAAACCCCGUAAAAGGAAGAAAGAAGGGGAAGGAGUAGGCUCAUGUAAGGUUUGGCGAUCAUGGAAUUGCAUGUGUGGGACGGAGAGGCCAGGUGGGGCUUGCCUUCGAUGGAUCUAAGGAGCCUCCAGAUGAUGGCAUAUGUGAAAUUCUCUGGUGCGCCUGUAACAAUAGUGAAGACUAAUAAUCCUUUCAAAUCACCCACGGGACAGCUGCCAGUAUUCAAGUGUUCAGAAGGAGCCUUCUCAGAUUUUUCUCAGGUUACUACAUUCCUCCGUAAGCAGAAUUUCAGCUGUGAUUAUGAACUGUCACCCAAGCAGUGCUCAGAAGUUGUAGCCUAUGAACAACUAUUAUUAGAAAAACUGUACCCAGCUUUGAUGUAUCUUUGGUGGGUAGAGCCGAAGAGCUACUAUGAUGUGAUCCACAAAUGGUACUUCAGCAAUAUUCCAUUCCCCUACAAAUUCUGGUACCCUGGCAAGUAUCACAAAGGUCACUGUGAGCUCAUUGGAAGUAUGUUUGAUGAUGCAGAUGAUACAAAUCAAAUUGAAACAGAGCUUCAUAAACAAGCUCAGGAAUGUUUGACAAUGUUAUCCAACCGUCUUGGCGAUAGAGACUAUUUCUUUGGACGUUCACCAACAACCAUUGAUGCUUUGAUCUUCUCUUACCUUACCCUCCUACUUAAGGUGGAGCUAAAGGUGCCAGUUCUGCAGAAUCAUGUCAAGGCUUGUCCAAAUCUCUCUCGUUAUGUUUCCAAGGCUAUCCAACGAUUCUUCCCAAGUGACGUACGUGCUGAGGAACAUGUGAAAAGCAGAAAGAGUCACAGAAGCACAGAGAGGCGAGAAUCACCACCUAAAGAUGAUGUACCUCACAAAGGAAGAAAUAUGCUUCUCUCAGCACUUGUUGCAUUUUCAGCAAUGUUUGGAUAUGCUAUUGCAGCAGGUCUAGUUCAGGUGGACAUGGGAGAGCCACCGGCAGAAGAGGAGUAUGACUAUGAGUACGAAGAAUAUGAUAGUUCAGGAUCAAAUGAUAGUUAGAAUAAUAAUAUACUAUGUAUUGGGAAUGAGAGUAAAAUUUCUUUACAGCAUAUUUAGUCAUCAAUGUCAUACAAGUGUUACAUAUGGUAGUAAUAAAUUGUAUCACCUUAAACCAGUACAUUAAAAAGGAAUGCUGAUGCAGUGUAUCCAAGAAACAUUUGUAAAUAAUAAGAUAUAAAUAUACAUAUGUAUGUGUGCUUGUGUGCAUAUGCUUGUCAGGAUGUUGGGGUGUUUGUAAGUUGUUGCAUAUGGAUGCAUGGGUCUGUGUUUGUAAGUGUGUUCACAUGUGUAUUCAAACCACAUGUAUAUAAGUACCUGUACAUGUAUGCUUGCAUGCCAGCACACACAUUUAUGUAUAUACAUGUAUAUAAAAGUACAUGCAUACAUUUCUUUAUUACCUUUUAAACUUAGAUGUUAAUGCUCAUGGUAAAAGUGAAAAAAAUACUUACAUGUAUGUGCUAUUUUUAUUCCCAUUACUUUUUUAUCAUUUCUGACUGUGCCAUAGGAAAAUUUUGUACUUAUUUCCAGGAUGUUUUUUUUGCUCAAGAUGCUUUUGAGUAUGUGACUGUAAUUUAAGUUAUGAUUUAUAUAAGGGAAAAAAUAGUGGGAGAUGAAAAGAUGGAGACACAUUGGGAUCAAAAAAUAUUUCAGUCAUGUACCUACUAUGUACAGUGGACAGGAAGCUGAAAAUAAAUUGUGAACAUAGAAGUCUUCUGUAGCAGCAUUCCAGGAUUUUCAUCUUUUAGUUGUGAAGUGGAUUUACCAUGCAGUAUGAGCAGUUGAGCUGCACUGUAUAGUAUAUAACAGGCUUUCUUUAAAAAAAAACAACAAAAAAACACUUAUUUCAUACAAAAAUAGUAGAAAAGUAUGUCACCAGCAUGUGAUGAAUGGUGGUUUGUAAAUGCUAGAAAAGGAGAAUACAUGGGUUUUUGGA